GUGAUGGUGACGAAUGUCACUUCCUUGCUCAAGACAGUGAAGGCUGUUGAGGACGAGGCCACGAAGGGGACGCGGGCACUGGAGGCCACGAUAGAGCACAUACGCCAAGAGUUGGCAGUCUUCUCCUCCCCUGUGCCUCCCGCCAAGGUCUCCACCCCGGAGGACUUCAUCCGUAUGACAAAAGGCAUCACAAUGGCCACGGCCAAAGCAGUGGCCGCCGGCAACGAAGCUGCCUACCACCCGGAGGUGAGCGGGGACGUGCGGCAGCGGGCGCUGCGCUUUGGCAAGGAGUGUGCCGAUGGCUACCUGGAGCUGCUGGAGCACGUCCUGGUGAUCCUGCAGAAGCCGACUCACGAGCUGAAGCAGCAGCUGGCAAGCUACUCCAAGCGUGUGGCCAGUUCUGUCACCGAGCUCAUCCAGGCAGCUGAGGCCAUGAAAGGGACGGAGUGGGUUGACCCAGAAGACCCCACUGUCAUCGCUGAAAAUGAGCUGCUGGGGGCAGCGGCUGCCAUUGAGCAGCUGAAACCAAGAGCCAAGCCCAAGCAAGCAGAUGAGAGCCUGAACUUCGAGGAGCAGAUCCUGGAAGCUGCCAAAUCCAUUGCUGCAGCCACGAGUGCCCUGGUGAAGGCAGCCUCAGCAGCCCAGCGAGAAUUAGUGGCCCAAGGAAAGGUGGGCGCCAUCCCCGCCAAUGCAGUGGAUGAUGGACAGUGGUCCCAGGGACUCAUUUCAGCUGCACGCAUGGUGGCUGCUGCCACCAACAACCUCUGCGAAGCUGCCAACGCAGCGGUGCAGGGCCAUGCCAGCGAGGAGAAGCUCAUCUCGUCUGCCAAGCAGGUGGCUGCCUCCACAGCACAGCUCCUGGUGGCCUGCAAGGUGAAGGCUGACCAUGACUCGGAGGCCAUGAAGCGGCUCCAGGCUGCCGGUAACGCAGUAAAGAGAGCGUCGGACAAUCUGGUGAAGGCAGCGCAGAAGGCAGCUGCCUUCCAGGACCAUGAUGAAACGGUGGUGGUGAAGGAGAAGAUGGUCGGGGGAAUUGCACAGAUCAUCGCCGCCCAGGAGGAGAUGCUGCGCAAGGAGCGGGAGCUGGAGGAGGCGCGGAAGAAGCUGGCGAUGAUCCGGCAGCAGCAGUAUAAGUUCCUGCCCUCGGAGCUGCGGGAUGAGGAGCAGAACUGAGCUCUGCACCCUCCCGGCUCGCCGCACAGACUGCCGCCUGCCCUCCUGCUCCUAUUUAAGACAAACCGCCUCAAGCAAAGGGCUGCCUGGGCUAGCCCAGAGCUCUGCCCGCACCCAGAGUGCCGGGACUAACCCAACCGCUGCUCCAAGCCGGCGCUGCACCAGCAACUCCGCUUUGCCACCCAGCCCACCUUCCCAC